AUGGGGAAGUUUCGAGGGCAUCAGGAUAGGAGCUGGAGGGGAAGAGAGAAUAAAAUCCUCAAGAAGAAAGUCGGGGUGGCUGUUGGGGGAAUCCACGCGGCGGCACAAGCUGAAUCGACCGUUUCCGGCGGCGACUCUCUGGGCAGCGGCAAUCCUGGGCACCAACAACAACAGCAACAGCGGGAGGCAGUAGGCCCGAAACGGAAGCUCAAGCACGUGACGUACGCCAAGGAACACUCGGUGCUUCUCGUCGGAGACGGUUGCUUCAGUUUCAACUGUUGUGUUGAACACCGGGGAACGCGAGCUGGAGUCGUAGCGACGUCCCUGGACUCCCUAAAAGCUGUACUCAAAAAGUACCCGCAAGCCGAGACUUGGCUCCCCAAGCUUGAAGCCGACGGACCCCAGGCUCGAGAAAACCCUUCUAGGGGCGGGUGGAGGCCAGAGGGACGGUGCGGAGUUUCUGGAGAAAAGAAUCGAAUUUGGUUCCACCGCGUCGUUUUCAACUUCCCCCACACCGGCGCCCAGAGCACACACCUGAACCGUGACCUCAUCCUAGACUUCUUCGCCAGCACCAAGGGAUUGGUCAAGUGCGCGGCGGUCGGGGGACACGUGCACGUUACCCUCAAGGACAAGCCUCCGUUCUCGGGCUGGAACGGCAAUGUCGAGGGAAAGCGAGCUGAUCAUGGUGGGGUGCCUGGCGACCCAUCGGUGUUUCCCGGCUACCUCUACAGCACAACUGACCCUCAGGCAAUGAGGUUCAACGCUGAAGGGGCCAGGCGAACGAACGUGUUGUGCCCGGCGAGAUCCGAGCUUGACGACAAUGCGAGCACCGUUGAAAUUCAUUCAUAUUUUCCGUAUGCAUCAAAUCAUUCGUUCUCCCCAAAAACCAAGAACGAAAUUAAAUGA